UAAAUCAGCUGUGAGAUAGACACGCGAGCGCGCACCUACACGCACAUACACGUACACACCCGCACACCUACACGCACAUGCACACGCACAUGCACACGCACACACUGUCUGACUUGCAUUCACCGUUUCGUUUUCCUCUGGGUAAGACCACCGUGGUUGUAUUCCUACUUGGUAACAAGGUUAUUUCUUUACGCACGGUUGAACCCAUGGCCAAGGGAAACGAAGGCUCGGGAAAGGGCUCGUGGAAAAAGCAAGUCGAUGACAUCAAGAGGAUUUUCGAGUUGAAGGAGAUUCUCGGGACUGGCGCGUUCUCAGAAGUGGUUCUUGCUCAGGAGAGGGCCACAGGGAAGAUGUAUGCGGUCAAAUGCAUCCCGAAGAAAGCUUUAAGGGGGAAAGAGAGCAGCAUAGAGAACGAAAUCGCUGUGCUCAGGAAGAUCAAGCAUGAGAACAUUGUUGCUCUUGAGGACAUCUAUGAAAGCCCCAACCAUCUGUACCUCAUCAUGCAGCUCGUGUCUGGAGGAGAACUGUUUGAUCGAAUUGUCGAGAAGGGCUUCUAUACUGAAAAAGACGCCAGUGCUUUGAUCAGACAAGUUCUGGAUGCGGUCAACUACCUCCACUCACUGGGCAUAGUCCACAGAGAUCUGAAGCCAGAGAAUUUGUUAUAUUUCAACCCUCAUGAUGAGUCUAAAAUAAUGAUUAGUGACUUUGGCCUGUCAAAGAUGGAAGGAGCAGCAAAUGACAUCAUGUCCACCGCCUGUGGGACUCCAGGAUAUGUCGCUCCAGAGGUCCUGGCACAGAAGCCCUACAGUAAAGCAGUAGAUUGUUGGUCUAUUGGAGUUAUUUCUUACAUAUUGUUAUGCGGCUAUCCUCCUUUUUACGAUGAGAAUGAUUCCAAGCUAUUUGAGCAGAUCCUUAAGGCUGAGUAUGAAUUCGAUUCGCCCUACUGGGAUGAUAUCUCAGACUCAGCCAAAGAUUUCAUCAGUAAUCUGAUGCAGAAGGAUCCAGAGAAGAGGUUCACGUGUGACGAGGCUCUUCGGCAUCCCUGGAUAGCUGGAGACACAGCUCUUUGUAAGAACAUUCAUGAGUCAGUCAGCCGGCAGAUGAAGAAAAACUUUGCCAAAGCCAAAUGGAGGCAAGCGUUUAACGCUACAGCAGUGAUCCGACAUAUGAAGCGGCUGCAGCUGGGCAGCAGUUUAGGCAGCAGCAUGGACGCCACCCUGCACAGGACUGAGAACCAAGCACAAAUGCGUGCCAAAAGCCAGUCUAUCGAUGUCUCCUCCAUCAACCACAAGGACUAUGCGCCCCGUAGAGUCUCGAACACAGGGGCGACGGAGAAGCGAUGCACGCGGCCUUCCACCGUCACCACCAUCAUCACCGGGUCCAAGUGACGCUGCUUUCCCAGAGAGCCACUGUACUUUCACAAUUCCUUGGUCACUUCUCACCACCUUGUUCAAUCCUUGUUGUGCUAGUCACCGGUCAGUAGCACACAAUUCUGCAUGAUGGUAACAGAAUAACAGAAGGUGCUACUUGAGAAGUUUAACCAAGUCCGUGAAGUGAUGGAAGACUCCGUUAUUGAUCAGCACUGCUGCUGAAGACCCGAGUGGGACGUCCUGUCGGUUUCAGGGCUGUGUUUGCUUGGUGGAUUCGUUCAAGAAGUGAUUCGAUAUGGAGUUUAUGACUGUUUAAAGCUGCUUUUAAUACCAUGGAAUAAACACCAAGUAGAGGAGUUGUAUAGAGUUGCUUUAAUGUGGUCUAUAGUUCAUUUCAGCUGGUCCUUGAUUUCUUCCAUUAUACAGAAACUUCAUGAGCAAAUGAAGCACCAUUUCCACUAAAUCUGAAUGUAAAGUUAGAUAACUGUGUAUAGCAGAGAAUCUGAAUUUCUCCUGGUUUUACCUGUAUUUUCAGGUAAUAUCCUGCUCUGGUUUUGUAAGUACGCACAUAAUUAAAUGCCAUUAAUCAAGAUACUUAUUGUUUUGUUUUGUUUUGUUUUGUUUUGUAUCGUGUCUCAGAAUGGCAGUGAUUCGUUAAUUUGUAGGUAAAAAUCUGUCAAGAAAUUUGACACGAAUGAUUCGAGAGUGGAUAAUCCGGUGACAUUUUACAAUAACAGUACAUGAAUAAUCAUGCACUAUAACCUGAAUUAAUACGUACUUAAAUAUGAACUAAUGCUGAGUUAAGGCGUGUACUAAUCACAAACUAAUCACGAGCGAACCUUAACUACGACGUGAGCCUUAUGAAUUCAUGCGACCACCUUAAGUACAUAUUAGUGUAUCUUUGUUAGUUAAUGUAUUCAUUAACACGUAAGGGUAAACUAAAUCAAGCACGUUGAUUUUUCAUCCAUCCAUCCAUCUUCAACCGCUUUAUCCUUUUCAGGGUCAUGGGGAACCUGGAGCCUAUCCCAGGGAGCAUGGGGUACAAGGCGGGGUACACCCUGGACAGGGUGCCAGUCCAUCACAGGGCACAAUCAGACACACACAUUCACACACUACGGACACUUUAGACACGCCCAAUCAGCCUACCCUGCAUGUCUUUGGACUGAGGGAGGAAAACCGGAGUACUGGAGGAAACCCCCACAGCACGGGGAGAACAUGCAAACUUCGCACACACAGAGCCAUGGGAAUCGAACCCAUUCGAUAAGGAGGAUCAGUGGACAUUAUGAAAGUAAUCCAGCACCAUCCAGUGAUGUUUGUGUACACAUCUGCAUAUGGCAAAUAAUAUCUCGUUUAAUUCAUAUUCUUUCAUACAGAGCAGGUUUGAUUGAGUUUACUCCUAUGUGUUAAUGAAUACAUUAACUAACAAACCUGUACUACAGUAUCAUGUUCUUAAGGUGGUCGUUAUUCACGCAUGAAUUCAUAAGACUCACGUCAUAGUUAAGGUUCGCUCGUCAUUAGUUUGUGAUUAGUACACGCCUUAACUCAUUUAUUAUUUUACAUUGAAGUAAGGAUGAGUUCAGGUAUUAGUGCAUUAUUAUUCAUGUACUGGCCCUGUGUGUGUGGAGUUUGCAUGUUCUCCCCGUGCUGCGGGGGUUUCCUCCGGGUACUCCGGUUUCCUCCCCCAGUCCAAAGACAUGCAUGGUAGGCUGAUUGGCCUGUCUAAACUGUCCGUAGUGUAUGAAUGGGUGUGUAAAUAUGUAUGUGAUUGCGCCCUGCGAUGGAUUGGCACCCUGUCCAGGGUGUACCCCGCCUUGUGCCCCAUGCUCCCUGGGAUAGGCUCCAGGUUUCCCCGUGACCCUGAAAAGGAUUAAGUGGUAUAGAAGACGGACGGAUGGAUAUUCAUGUACUGUUAUUGUAAAGUGUUAUUGAUAAUCCUUAUUAUUAUAUGGUUAAGCAGAUUGCCGAACCCCAGUUUCCCAAAGCAUUGUACUGUACAGCCUGUCAUGUGUCUAAAGUGAUAAUUGCUCAAUAGCGUUGCAGUGUUAAUUGUACUACAUGAAACUGGAUAAAAACACACGCUUGAUUA